CAGCGUUUUUAGUUUGUUGGAACUGAUUCUAGCGCAGAGUUAACAAUCAUAAUUCAAAUUUGAUCGAGUAUAUAGAAAAAGGGAAACUGGAACAUAGAAGAAAAGAAUCGCAUCAAGCAAUUGCAGAGUUAUACAGAGAUGGCCAACAUUGGACGCUUCAGGAAUCGCAAUGGGGAUGCCCGAGCAGCCGGCGUCGUCUCAACCAUAGAUGCGGAGAACACGACGUCCAACUGCCUGAUCAACGCGCAGCCGGAAGAGAUAGCCGAGCAUUUGAUAACCACCGAUUGCCGGAGACAGAAACUGAAGAGUGCCGGACAAUUGUGGCCGGAGGCGCCUUACCUGCCAGCGGUUAGUGUGCCCGAUCUGUUGGCCGUGGAGACGGCCAAGACACGCUUCACCGUCUUCAAGGAGAAGUUCUCGGAGGAUAUGUAUCUGAAGAGCGCCAAAUUGGGCGAGGCAAAGCCAACGUUCUCCAAGCCCGAUCAUGUGACCAAUUUGAGUUGCACAUUUGGCCAGCAAACCAAAUCACCGAGCAGCCUGUACGAUCUGGUGCUGCCGCGCAAGCCGGCGGAGCAAGUGAACCGUGAAUUUGCCAAAUUCCAUGAUAAAUAUGUGCUCAGUCAUAAUCAUUAUUUUCCAUCGGAGCAAGUGAAUCGCAGAUAUGCGGCACCAUUUAGGCAACAGGACACCUUUGGCCGGGCCACCCAGGGCGAUGUCAGUGGUCAGCUGGUGAAGCGUUGCAUGCAACAGUGCGCCGGUCAUGUCAUCAUCAUCAGCAAGGAGCAGAUGGACUUCAUUGAUCGCACCUAUCCACGCAUCGGUAAAAAGUACAAAAUAUAUCCGUAUACGGUGCCGUCGCACCUGACGUAUGGAACACCCACAUAUGUGCCGGACUGCGAUUGCAAAAUGUUGAUCGAGGAUAUAGCGCCGUGUCGUAGCAAUCAGCAUUUGCUCGACGCACUGGGGCAUUUGAAUAUGUGGCGCCACAAAUUGCAGAAGCGUUCCGAUUUCCAUAUGUUUGAUCUGAUCUCGGUGCUGGAGCAUAGCGAUAAGGAGCAGACACGCCAUUUGCCGCUAAAGAAGAUCUUUGAGAUGAUGCAUAGGAUGCAUCUAUAUAUUGAUAUCCAUAAGAUGCGCACAACUCUCGCCCAUUUCAAGCUGAUACUCGACGAGAAUUGCGCCACGGAGCGUGUUAAUUACGAUGAUUUCUGUCGGCUGCUGAACAUCCAGAAUCCAUUGCCCACCACUGGCAAUAUAUCGACAAUGCCGGCGAAUGUGUACAACAAGGAGACCACAUAUCGAUUGCUCUGUUCCGAUCUUGGCAAGCAGCCGAAUCAGGCGCCAAUGCGUAAACCGAAACCGCAGCAAUUCGAAGAUGAGGCGACCAAUGUUAAGGAACUCCUCACGCCAGAUAUAUCAUCGUUAUAUGGUGUGUCGCCAAGCGACUUUCAAUUGCAACGGCCGAAGGAGCACUUGGAGCAGAUCUUCAAGGAUAUCGUGAAUGUGAGUGACUUUGAGACGAUUUGGCAACAACUCAUAGCAACACACAAGGAUCAGAAUGGUUCGGUGUCCGUUGUCCAGUUUCGUGAGGCUAUGGACAACAUGGAGACAACCAGUUAGGGAUAAUCAACUUUAAAAACCAUUGACUUUGAUGCACAAUAAAUAAAUUUCAAGUUUGCCGCGCUUCA